CUUACCGCGACAAUGGCUUCUGGAUUCGGUCUCGCUGGCGGCCCCUCCCGCUGCUUCCCCUUCUGGCAGGAAGUCCUAGCCUGCUACGUUACCAACACCAACCCAGAGGACGACUCCGGAAAAGCGAAAUGCGCACCCUACCUUGAGGAUUACUACGAGUGUCUUCACCACAAGAAGGAGGCCGCCAGAACCCUAGCCCUCCAAGCAGCAUACAGGAAGCAACAGGCCAACAUCAAGCGGGACGACGCACCUUCGGCGGGUGAGAUCCGCAGGCUGGGCGUCCUCGACGCGCCGCUCGAGGAGAAGAACCUCAAGCCCAGCAAGUGGUUCCCGCACAAGGAGAUAAAUUAGAGAGAGAAUCACAAAAAUGAUGUUUUAAAUCCAGAGGGUGGAGGGAGGGUGGGAAAACCCAGCGCGUGGCGGCUUCCCUCCCUCUUUCUCCGCCAUUUCCCCUUUUACAUGCGUGCUUGAUUUGCGAACCAUUUUCUCUCUCAUUUCCUUCUUGGGGAAUAACGUGGUGGUGGUUGAUCGGCUGAACGGGGUAGCAGCAUGUUGACGGAUGGCAGAACACUGCUUGCUCCCAUGACUGCAAUCGAUGGUGGUGGUAGAGUACAAGGGAAGACGGCAGCGGAGGUCUCAAGACGACGGCUGGACUGACGCAAGCCAAAGUAUAUAACUCUCGAAACGAACUCUCAAAAUCCACCAUGUGUCAUAUUAUGUCAUGUAAUGUUCACUGCACGGAAUCGAAUCUCUAUAUAUAAUCCCCAUGAACCCC